AUGAAAACCCGCCUGACGACGCUCACGUGGAGGGGUUCGGCGUCGGUCGAUCCGCGCUUCUCGGCCGCCAUGCUGCCGUGGUCCAUCGCCGACAUUCGGAACCAUGAAAAUUAUGUAACGCUAUCGGUCGGCGUGGAGGACGGAGUGCUUGCCGCGUACAAUCCCGACUUUGAGCUACAGUUCGAGCACAAGCUGAAAUAUAUCCUCGGUUACUGCAGGGUGAUCGUGAAGCAGGAGAAGGGCAAAAAGAACGCCGACUUUCUCAUCCCGAAGGCAAGCAGCACCCGGCCGCAACCGAUCACGAUCGGCAACGACAACGUGGCGGAGAUCUGCGGGCCCGACUUUGGGCUGGUGUACCUGCUCAAGAACCCACAGGACCCGCUGCUGCACAUACACUUUUACGAGUGUGAGAAGUACGAACAGAUGGCAGAACUGAUGCAACAGAUGCGUGACCCGGCCACGAUCGGCGGUGGCUCGGUUGGUAGCAUCCCCCAGAGCAUCGUCUCGUCCAGCGCGAACGCGAACGACCUACAGAGGGCACUACGCAACCAGGGCAUCCACUCGACGCCCGCCUCCAACCUGAAGCUCUCGGAACAGAUGCGCCACGCGCAACACGACAGUAGCCCGCCAACGCAGGCCUCCUAUCAGCAGCAACAGCAGCAGGCCCUUCAGCAUCAGUAUCAUCAACAGCAGCAGCAGCAGCAACAGUACCACAAUGGUCAGGGCAUCCCGAACCGGUUAGCGACCUCCAAGAGCUACUCCGGCGGGUUGAACCACUCGGCGGCCGGGGGCAACAGCGGGCCGACAACCGGCGCCAACAGCAUCUCGUCCAGUCUCUCCUCCCUGCCGGACAUUUCCGCCAACAACUCGCAGUUCUUCGAGGUGCUGUACGUCGGCAAGAUCAAGGUCUCGCACAAGCGCGUCCCGUACACCUUCAUCGAUGACGCGCUGCCAAAGUUCAAGGCGUACGACGCGGAGAAGCUGCGCCAGCAGCAGGAGAUCGCCUCACGGAAGACCACUUCUGACACAUCCAGCGAUACCGAUGGAGACAGUCGACGAAGCGGCGAUCCGAGCAACGCUGGCGAUAAGUCGACGACACCGGCUCAACCGGCCACGGAGUCACCGGCACCGCCCUCGACUGACGACCCACCCGAAGUCUUCCAGGGUCGGCGUGUCAGCCACUUUGAGCUUCCGACGAAGAAAAUCGAGGAUGCCGGGGAAAACAAUGCACCGGUUGUCGUUGGUGAUGAUGGUGGUAACCAAUCCGGGGAGAGCACCAGUACUAACCCAUCGGUGUCGUCAGCUACUACUUCAACUAGCAGUACCGCUACAGCCACACCGGCGUUGACAGUCCUGGCCAAAGAUAGUAAACCGGCGGCCCAAGAUGAGGACGCUCCAGUGCGUCGCGAUCGUUCGGCGUCGAUCGGAUCGAUCCCGGUGGUGGAGCAGAACCGCACGAUGGUGUUUCUGAUCGGGCAAACCGAUCUGCGGCUGAUCAGCCCGGACCGCAAGCAGGUCCUGCUGCACAAGGGCUUCCGGGACGUGGCGAGCUGCGCCCAGGGCCAGAAGAACGCCGACCACUUCGGUAUCAUCUGCCGGGACGUGAACAACGACGGGUACAUCGGGUACGUGUUCAAGUGCCAGUCGGAGCAGGUGGCGGACGACAUCGUGAUGGCGAUCUCGCAGGCGUUCAUGGCCUGCUCGGAGCAGAAGCAGAAGGAUAAGGCGGCCGCGGCACAGAUCUUCUCGUGCGAUCACUGCCCGAUGCUGUGGUACCACAAGCUGUGCACCGACAUCGAGGGUUUGAGCGACAAGAAGACGCAGUACAUGAUCUUCAAGCGGAUCGACACGACGCUGCUGGAGGACGAGCAGCGGUUGCUGAUGGAGAAGUACAACGGGGCGGAGGAGGCGGCCGGCCAUAGUAUUGGCGAGCAGAAUCAGUUUCUGAUGAUGCUGCUGCGGGCGCACUGUGAGUCGAAGCAGCAGCGGCACGUGCACGAUACCGUCGAGAACCGGACCGAGUUCCUGAACCAGUAUCUCGGUGGGAGCGGCAUCUUCAUGAAGGCGAAACGUUCGCUGACCAGCUCGUUCGAUCAUCUGCUGAAGCGGCGCACCAGCCGGGAUGACUUUGUGGCCGGAGGGUUGAAGGAUUCGGCUUCGGCCGGGGAGCUCAAAGAUGGCGGGCUGGAGCCGGUAACACGCGCCCGAGCGUCUACGAUCGGAUCCAGCCCAUCGAUGGGUCGCAAGAACUCGGACCUUGGAAACGGUGGUCAAGCUGCGCCCCAGCUCAAAUCCCCUAUGAUGGAUAUCUUCAUUAAGGUAGGCAACAGUCCGCGGGAUCAUAGCCACUCGGGCUCCUGGAGGCAGGCAAUGCUGCACCGGGUAGUAACACCGUCGAAAAACAUGAAAACCGGCACCGAGGAGUACAUGUCGCCGUUGCGGGGCUCCGGUGGUCCGCCGGCCAAGAAGCGUACCCGCGAGGAGCUGCGCGAGCUGUGGCGUGUCGGCAUCAAGCAAACAAUCAUCCUGAACCGCAUGGACAAGGAGAACGCUCAUCUGCAGGCGCGCCAGAACGAGAUCAAAUCGAACGAGAUCCGGCGUAUCAAGCUCGAGUACGACGAGAUAACGGUCUGUGAUAGGCGCUCAGCGGAGCAAUGGGACGCGAUACUGGAUAAGCCGGCCAGCUCGUCGGCACUGCUGGCCGGGGUUGGUAGCGGUGGCCGUAGCAACCAAUCUCUGCUGUACCAAGCGAUCCGGAGCGGCGUGCCUCGAUCACGUCGCGGUGAGAUAUGGAUGUAUCUGGCCGAACAGCACACGCAACAUACGGCCCCGGUGGAUACGACCAACUUCCCGAACUUCAACACACCGUACCACGUGUUGUUGAAGAACCUUACCGAACAUCAACAUGCAAUAUUCAUUGAUUUGGGACGUACAUUUCCCGAUCAUAAGUACUAUAAGGACGCGCUAGGCGUAGGACAGCUAUCGUUGUUUAAUCUGUUGAAGGCAUACUCAAUUCUUGAUCCGGAGCUUGGAUACUGUCAAGGGCUUGGAUUUAUCUGUGCUGUCCUGCUCCUGCAUCUUGAAGAAGCGGACGCAUUCGAACUUCUCAAGCAUCUGAUGUUCCGCCGACAGAUGCGUGCCAAGUAUCUGCCCGACAUGAAACAGUUCCAGCUGCAGCUGUACCAGCUGUCGCGCCUCCUUAAAGAUCACAUCCCCGAGCUGUACGACUGGUUCGAUCAGCACGACAUCUCGCCGACGCUGUACGCCGCCCCCUGGAUACUGACCGUGUUCAGCUCGCACUUCCCGCUCGGGUUCGUCGUGCGCGUGUUCGACCUCCUGUUCCUCGAGUCGUUUGACGUGAUCUUCCGGUGUGCGAUCGCGCUGCUCGAGGUGCACCGGGAGCCGCUACUCCAGCGGGACAACUUCGAGGACAUCAUGAACUACCUGAAGAACGCCAUCCCGAAGAUCGACGGUGCGGUGAUGGAGCAGGUUUUUCGGAAUGUGUUCCAGUCCGAUUUCUCGCGCCAGUUGAUCGAAUACCAGGUCGAAUAUAACGUGCUGCAGGAGGAGAUGACGUCCCAGAGUCACCAUCAGGAGAGCUACAACCGGCUGAAGGAGGCACACCAUCAGCUCGACACGCAGCUCCAGUACACCCAGUCGAGCUUGAUGCAGCUGGAGAAGACACGGCUCGCUCAGCAGGAUCAGAUCCAGUCGCUCCAGACGCAGGUGCAAACGCUGGAAAACACCGUCCACACGCUGGUGCGCUUCAUCGAGCAGACGGUCGACACGAAGUCCGACUACGUGCUGCCGGGCGAAGUGUGUCGCAUUCUGCAGCAGGUACAGGACCUGCACCAUCAGCAGCAGCAGGCGGCACAGCAGAAGAAGCGAUCGCCAAUCUUUGUCGAUCGCAAGAUCGGUAAGUCGAUAUCGUUCAACAGCAACCUCGGGCUGGCCCUGAACGUACUGGAGGAAGCCAACGAGCCGGACGGUACGUCGGGUACGCCGACCAAAAAGAAGCAGCCCUACUUUCAGAACUCGUUCACCCAGAUCCGCCAGCAACGCGCCAGCCUGUGGUUGCACAAGCUGGACGAGUGCGGUGGUAGCAAUACCAGCCCGGAACAUGGUACCGGUUCCGGCAGCCUAUCGUCGUCCUCGCUCGGCUCGGCAACCGGCACGAAGGCACUGGUGAACAACAGCAGCGACGACAGUGGUAUCGCCACUCCGAUCAGUCCACAGCUGCACGCACCGUCCACGACACCGAUGGUGGCGGAAAGUAGACCACUCGUCCCGUUCGACAGUCACCCGCUGAGCAGCUGUGGUGACGUGUCGGUCCAGUACAACGGUACCACGCAGCUGAAGUCACUGAAACCGCGUCCACCAUCGAGACACGGUUCGGUGUCGUCCAUCGUAAGCGAACCGGCGAUCGCCGAACCGCGCCCUCAGACGGCCACGGAUCGAAGUUAACGGACACGGACGAGCCCGCCCGAAUGUGGCAUUACCCGGCUAGGUUAGGUUUAAGCCCACUCUCGCCCUCUCUAUAUGCUUCAGGAACAGCUUAAUCUAUUUAAAAACAAGCCAGCAAACGUCAGCUUGCAAGGUUGACGCGACAGAUGUGUUCAACAUCUAUGUUCUUCCAAGAAGUCCAGGCUACACCGGGUCAGCACUACAAUACUCUAAUCAAAAUCGGCAUGUGGCACACACAACUUUCAAAACCAAAUCAAACUCCCUGGCUGGAGUUGGAAAUCUUCAUUAUCCGUCAAAGUAAAAUGUAACCUAUUCUUACCUACCCCUCAUUUCCAAAGAUCUUUUUGGUAAACGCUAUGACUUACUCUAGGUGUCGACUAUCGAAUGUCUUCUGUCGCGGGAUGGAUCAUAGACCGCUAAAACAAAAACCAGAAAGUACGUAGAAGCUAAGGACGUUAGCGCUAAGGAUCCCUCCAAAUAAAUCAAAUCGUUGUGGAUAAGUGUUUAGUCAAUCCGUGUCCGGUGUGUCACCGUCCGGUUGGAGUACUGCACGGUCACCCUCAAACGGACAAUCCAACUUACUAUCCUCUCCCUUCUUCGUUUUAAACGCCUGCCCUACCGGUAGCCAAAAGUACUAUAUCUUCGUCUGCAAAACAGGCUAAAAACCGCUAAAUUAUUCUACAAUCGAGCGCGACACGUGACAAUAGUGGUGGCAUGUGUCCGAAGGUUAAAAUGUUAAUGUGAAUCAUAUUAAUGCUAUAUUUAUCGCUUUUGCAAAACACAAACAAAAUGAAACAAGUAACAAAACAAAAAAAUAGCAGGCUGACUUGAAGCCAUGCAACAACAAAAUCAAGAAAGAAAAAAAAACCCAAGUCAAACAAAUCUCAGCAACCAAACCCAACGCCAGUAAAUUGCUUCGUACAAUUCGUGA